ACUAACCACAACAAACUCCCUUGGUGUUUCUAAUGUCGAAUUCUGCCGCCGAUGAAGCCGCCAAAAUUCCGUUCCAAUUUCAAUAGUUCACCGGAAACUGCCCAAGAACUGCUUCGUUCUUCACUACUUAAAGCUCUCUCUUCUGCCAAAAACACUUCCCAGCUUCGCGCUGUUCAUUCCUGGAUCAUCAUUUCAGGAUUGGGCCUCUCCGUCGUUUUUUCCGGCAAACUCAUAAGCAAAUACGCUCAGCUUAAAGACCCGAUUUCUUCUGUUUCAGUUUUUCGCACUGUUUCUCCAACUCGCAAUGUCUAUCAAUGGAAUUCGAUUAUACGUGCUCUCACUCGCAACGGUCUCUUCACACAAGCACUUGGAUAUUACACUGAGAUGCGUGAAACAAAGCUCCAACCCGAUGCUUAUACUUUUCCUUCUGUUAUCAAUUCAUGUGCCCGGCUUUUGGACUUGAAAAUGGGUCGCGUUGUUCAUGAACAUGUUGAGGAAAUGGGGUUUGAAUCGGAUCUGUAUAUUGGCAACGCAUUGAUUGAUAUGUAUUGUAGAUUUGGAGAUCUUGAGAAUGCACGCUAUAUGUUUGAUGAAAUGUCUGACCGAGAUAGUGUAUCAUGGAAUAGUCUAAUUUCAGGGUAUUGUUCGAAUGGGUUUUGGGAGGAGGCUCUGGACAUGUAUCACAAGUCCAGAAUUAUUGGGAUGGUGCCUGAUUGUUUCACUAUGUCCAGUGUUCUACUCGCUUGUGGAAGCUUAACUGCCGUUGAAGAAGGUCUGAAGAUUCAUGGGGUGAUUGAGAAGAUUGGAAUUGGUGGCGAUAUUGUUACAGGUAAUGGACUUCUUUCCAUGUAUUUCAAGUUCGAGAGACCGAGAGAAACAGGUCGGGUAUUUACCGAGAUGGCUGCGAAGGACUCAGUUACUUGGAAUACCAUGAUUUGUGGAUACUCCCAACUGGGGUGGCACGAAGAAUCCGUGAAGCUAUUUAUGGCGAUGAUAGAUGAAUUCGCUCCGGAUGUGUUGUCGGUUACAUCGACCAUUCGCGCCUGUGGGCACUUGGGAGAUCUGAGGAUUGGAAAGUAUGUUCAUAAGUACUUAAUUGGGAGAGGGUAUGAAUGUGAUACUGUAGCUUGUAAUAUCCUUAUAGAUAUGUAUGCUAAAUGUGGGGAUCUUUUGGCUGCACAGGAAGUCUUUGACACAAUGAACCGCAAGGAUUCUGUGACAUGGAACUCAUUAAUCAACGGCUACACUCAAAGGGGCUAUUACAAAGAGGGGAUGGAAAAUUUUAAGAUAAUGAAAAGGGAAAGCAAGCCAGAUUCUGUCACUUUUGUUCUGCUAUUAUCUCUAUGUUCUCAGUUAGCUGAUAUAAGCCAGGGGAGAGGAAUCCAUUGUGAUGUGAUAAAAUCUGGAUUUGAAGAUGAACUCAUCAUUGGCAAUGCUCUUCUAGAUAUGUACGCUAAAUGUGGUGGAAUGGACGACUUAUUGAAGGCGUUUUCGUAUAUGAGAGCUCGUGACAUUAUAUCAUGGAAUACCCUUAUUGCUUCAAGUGUUCAUUUCGAUGAUUGCACUGUAGGAUAUCAAGCAAUUAGCGAAAUGAGGACUGAAGGGUUGAUGCCAGACGAGGCCACCAUACUCGGUAUCUUGCCCAUGUGUUCGUUGCUUGCAGCACGGCGACAAGGUAAAGAGAUUCAUUGCUGUAUUUUCAAGUUGGGAUUGGAAUUAGAUGUCCCAAUUGGGAAUGCCCUGAUUGAAAUGUACUCCAAAUGUGGUAGUUUAGAGAACUGUACCAAAGUGUUCAACUAUAUGAAAGAAAAAGAUGUAGUGACAUGGACUGCAUUGAUCUCUGCAUUUGGAAUGUAUGGCGAGGGCAAGAAAGCAUUGAAGGCUUUUCAGGAUAUGGAGUCAAGUGGUGUUAUUCCAGAUUCAGUUGCCUUCAUUGCUCUCAUUUUUGCUUUUAGUCAUUCUGGAAUGGUCAAAGACGGGCUCGCAUUCUUCGAUCGAAUGAAAACCGACUACAAUAUUGAGCCUCGGAUGGAACAUUAUGCUUGUGUCGUCGAUCUUCUGGCUCGAUCUGGUUUAUUAGCUCGAGCAGAGGAGUUUAUCCUGUCAAUGCCAAUGAAACCAGAUGCAAGUUUGUGGGGAGCUCUACUUAGCGCCUGUCGAGUGAGUGGGCACACGGAUAUUGCUCAAAGAGUAUCGAACCAAAUUCUUCAAUUGAACUCAGACAAUACUGGGUAUUAUGUGCUUGUUUCAAAUGUUUAUGCUACGUUAGGGAAGUGGGAUCAGGUGAGAUUGGUAAGAAAUACCAUGAAAAAUAAAGGGCUGAAGAAAGAGCCUGGAAGUAGCUGGAUUGAGAUUCAGAAAAGAGUUUAUGUUUUUCGAACUAGUGAUAAGUCGUUUGAACAAUACGAUAAGGUUAGAGAUUUUCUCGAGUAUCUCACGGGGUUAAUGGCCAAGGAAGGUUACGUUGCAGACCUGCAAUUUGCUCUGCACGACGUCGAAGAAGACGAUAAGAGAGACAUGCUAUGUGGACACAGCGAAAGACUCGCUAUAGCGUUCGGGUUGUUGAAUACAAAACCAGGGAGCCCUUUGCUGGUAAUGAAAAACCUUAGAGUAUGUGGAGAUUGUCAUACUGUAACCAAGUACAUAACUAAGAUAAUGCAAAGAGAAAUACUUGUGAGAGAUGCCAAUCGGUUUCAUCUUUUCAAGGAUGGAACCUGUAGUUGUGGAGAUCACUGGUGAAUACCCUAAUGAAUUGUUUGAUCUUUGUUCAAGUUCGGUGCAAAUCCAAGAAGGUCGACUUUUGCCGAGUUAUGCUCAUCGAUCAUUGACAUGUACGUAAACAUUGUAAGUCCGUGCUAUCUUUUCCUUAUUAUUUUCGUCGAAGAUAACUAAAAGCGAGCAGAUUCAGCUCGGUUGAAGUGUUUUAAAGUAAGUGAUUGAGCUGCCCAAAGUAGAUGCGUUUUAAAAUCGUGAGGCUGACGACAAUGCGUAACGGACCAAAGCAGGCAAUAUCUACGGGCAGUGGUGUGCAUUCGUGCAGAUUUCUCCGACUGCUUAUGCCUUCUCAUGCUAGCCUAUGAAUCAAAUUCUAAAGGUUGGUCUUUCUUUCAUUCCUUCUGAUGUCUCUUUGGGUCUUACAAAUUUGAA